AUGACCUGCGUUAUAAAAGACACCAGCCCUGCUUUGGACGCCGUCAUCAAGUUGUUGUCAGUACUCAAUCUCACCGACAAUGAUCGCACAGUUAUAGCGACUAAACUUCUAUCUGAUAUCGGCGAACCUCGUGGAGGAGCCUGUGCUGCAAACACCGUUGAUUUGCAAACCUCUUCUUCAUUGAGCGUUGAUGCGGAGCCGGCAGAUGCUAAGAGCUCAGCUGUGCCCAAAAUAAGCUCGUCUAUUACUCCUACGGCUGCUCCCACAGCUUCUGUUGUGACUGUUGUGGAUAACACCGGCUUGUCCACCGCUCCUGCAGCUCCCACCAUUGCUCUUCCUUCUGUUGUCACAGUCGUGGAUGACGGUGAUGAUGUGUAUGAUGCAAUCGCAGAAGGUUGUAUGCUCAACGCUUACAAGCACGUAUACUUCAAUGUCCCAUUAUCCAGUGACGCCGCACAGCCUCUGUACUACGUCACAAGGGGCCGUAAGAUCAGCGUGUUCUCAGGAUGGGGCAAUGUUGGUCCCAAGGUCUUGGGUGUGAGCCGCACCAUUUUCGGUAGGGUGGAGAACAUUGAUCAGGGCAUUGAGGCUCUCAUAGCUGCAAUUGAUGCUGGUACUGCUGUGCAGGUGUAG